CCGGGCAGUGAUGAUGCCCCGAGCCCCCCGCAGCGUGCGCCAUCAAUGCCCUGCUGGUGGAGAUGCUGCCCUUCCUGAGCCCUGCCGAGCUGCCCGCGGUCGUGGUGCUGAGCCAGGAGGAGCUGCUCCGCAAGACCCUGAUGCUGCUCCAGCUGCUGCCCAGAGACGUCCUGUUGCUCCAGCCCUGCCAGUCGGUCUCUUGCUACGGCCAGGAGGUGCUGGACAAGCUGAUCCAGUGUGGGCUGCUGGUCAUGGAGGAGACCUCCAGUGAGCGGCUGGCCUGCGACACGGCCCGGAGGCGCUUCUCACAGAAGCUGCUGUGGAAGAUGGAGGACUUCAACGACAGUGACAGCGACUACGAGGAGGACACCGGCAAGCGCUGCUUCAAG